CGGCAGGGGGGAAAGUACUUUUUUUUAUGGUACGUCACUGAUUGCUAUAUCUGGUGAAAAUCAAUAUGGCGAUGCGCAUUUACAUCCACUAUGAGGGGGUGCCGGAUCACACCCAAGUUUGGAAAGGGAAAGCCGAGAAACCAACAGAUGUGCACACUGUUGUGAGUGACUUGAUCAAGGAGUUCGUGAUCGUUUAUAACAAAAAGCAUGGCACUAUUCGAAGACUGGACGAAACAAGGGUUGACCUCGUGGAUCAUAGGCGACGGAAGCUUCUGGGGAGCGCCUUGGUAUCGAAAGUGCUCCAGGACAGGGCGGAUGUAUAUGUUGUGGAAAGGAGUCCAAGUCCUGAGAAACUUGUAGCUGAAGGCAAAGAGGUAGUACAUCCAAGGGAUGGCUCCUCCACAAGUCUCACCAAGCACGUACCGGAGCAGCUGUCACAAAAUGUCACACUCAGGCCUCCAGCACCAGAUGACUCUCAGAGUCCCGGUGGGAAUCGAGAGGCGGCAGCGGGGAUGUUACUCGUUCAUCGCAGUCCGGAGGGUGAAGCAAGGAAUGCAAAGGGCAAGGCAUGUGGAGAUGGAGGAAGUAAUGCGGCAGCAGGGUGUCCUGCUGUGGACACAGAGCGUGUUGAGCAAAUUUUGAUGGCUCCAGUGGUAAAGGAUUUGCUUACCAAGGCAUUGGAGAUGGAGAAGGCAGGCAACUUCAAGUAUGCGAUACAAGUUUUUGAGCAACUUCUGGUGGUGCUUCCAACACAAAGGACGUGCUUGAGGGGCCUUGCAUCAAUGGCUCUGGCCAUUUCAAACUACAAACGAGCGGCUGAGUUUCUAGAGAUAGCUGUGGAUGCCUACCCUGGUGACGAGCGCUUUCAAGCACGGCUAGGGGAUGCUUACUACCAUCUUGGGGAGUUCCGGAAGGCUCUACAGCAUCACGAUGCCGCCUCAAGGACGAUGACGAACGGAGGUGGGGCCGUGGAGCAAGAGGGCAUCUUAGAGUCCAUUGAGAGGAGCAUUCACGAGAGUCAGAGCAACUCGGUCAAGCGGCAGGCAAACGAAGAUGAUGAUCGGUUCUUUAGCGUUGGCGGGAACAGGACCACGUCAUCGCUGAGUCAGAAGGCCAACAGUGUGCCUGGCAAAGCUUCGACUACUCUGGUAACUGAUAUCCGGGACCCGUAUGCAGGAGAUCUCCAAGGUCCGGUAACUUUAGAAGACCUGAAGUUGGCAUUAGCACGUGCUCUCUACAGGCUGGGUUUGGAAGGGUAUGCAAAUCACAUCAUCAUGGGUAUAUUGAAGGAGAACGGGGAGCACCAGGGAGCACUUUUUGAGUACGGUGUGAUUGCACUUGACAAAGGAAUGUACCAGGACGCGUUGAGGGUAUUCCUUCGGCUGCUUGUCAUCAAUCAGAGUGACAAAAGAGUGAAGGAAAAGGCUGCCGAGGUGCUACAGAAACCUGGCACCAUAGAGUACCUUUAUCAGGAGCUUGCUAAUGUGAAGGAAAGCCCAGCUGUGCUUGCGUUCCUGGCAUCGACAAUCAAGGAGUUUGGAGCUGUUAAAGAGGCUAUAAUUCUCUACCGGAAAGCACACGACUCCGAGCCGGCCAAUGCCUCGUACAUCCUUAACUUGGUUCACACACUGGAGGUGCGGAACCAUUAUUGCGAGGCGUUAUACCGAGCUGGGAUUUACUGCAAGAGAUACAUGGACAUGCAGCUAGGACCAUCGCUGAGACUCCAUGAUGUUUGGCAGACUCUGCAGGGGCUGCUUGUGAGCAUAGCUCAGCGAGACUGCCAGGACACUCUGGACGACCUGACGGUGGAAAAUCUGCCCGAGAGUGGUGGUUGGCUUUUGCGUUUCCAUGAUCUAGCGCCGUCUACAACGGCGAGGCAUGGGGAUGAAGCAGAGGGAGGUUCCGGGAAGAGAGGAACGGAAAGUGAGAGUUCUGAAGACGAUGGGAUUGCUGCUAUGGUCUGUUCCAAAUUGCAAAGUGAGUGCAAUCAUAACGAAGAAUGCGAGGUCGUGCACUCUGCGGCGCCCACUGCUGUGUGUCCUCCACGUAGUCAGCAGGCUGUCACUGAAGGCGUCGUGGAGAAGGGUGCGGGUCUUGAGAAAUCCCCGCGGGAAUGUUCCGAUGUGAUCAAAUGCAUGGAGAUUCACGGACAGGAAAACUUGGGUGAAGAGAUGGAGAAGCGUCAACAUGAUGAAUUCCCAUGUGUGUCAUUGUCUCUCAGUAGAAAAGAUGGAUCAUCAGAAUCCCGCCAUCAUAUCGAUACCAAGGUUGAUGGUCCAGUCCAUGUGGAAGGGAGCGGACCCAACCCUGCUGUAUCAACAAAGGACUGUGUGAAGGACUCUGUGGAGUACCUUGCAAAUGAGCUCGACGCGCUCGCUCUUGUCUUUGCGAUAGUAAAGAUUAUGCAAGAAUAUCCUAUUCCUCUGCCUUUGCCGUCUGUAUCCGAAUGCCCUCCGCUCUUCCUUGCAGGUGAUAGCCACUGUCUCUCAGCAGCCUGGAACACGGUGGUUCUUCGAGGAGAAAAGCGGAUGCUGACGCCUUUGCUGGUAACAGGGCUGAAGGUCUGGCACCUGAGAGACGAGAGCAAAUUCUUCCCCAAACUGAAUUUUCACAAAGUUAUGGAUGGAAUACCAGAUGGAUCACAAGUGAUAAUGGUGUUUGGAGAAAUCGAUUGCAGAGAGGGCCUUCUAAUAUCAGUCGACAAGGGCCGCUAUAAGGAUGUGGCAGAAGGAGCGGCUGUUAGCGUGGGCAUAUAUAUCAAGGUCCUUCUGAAGCUCAUAAAUGAAAGGAAGUUUGAAGUCUUUGUGCAUCCAGUCCCGCCAGUUCUGAACGAAACGAGACCGGUGGUGCACAUAUUCACAAAGACCUUGCAGAUGGAGGUUUUGGCAGCUGGCAGAACGGAGGCAGCAUCUGGUAGACUCCACUGGCUGGACUUCUUCGACGACUUCUUGGACUCUGAAGGAAACCUUCGCGACAGCUUCAAGCUUGAUGGCACCCAUUUAAGUCCCCGAUACGCUGAGUUGCUGAGAAGAGAAUUGUUGCGAUUCUAAUACUCAAGAGUACUGCUUCAACGGUGGCAUCCGCCAUUAAUCAUGCAAGGGAAGUGUUUCUCAGCACAAAUAACGAAUGCGAUGAUUGUGUACAAGGAUGCACCGGUGGCUACGAGGUGGAGAUCGAUACAAGGUGGGAAAUUCCCAUGUACAGUCGAGGUAUGAUUAUGUUUCCUUGGUUUCGUACUGCUGCUGGUGAGAUGGCGCUCCUUCGCAUUCCUGUAGUCCCCCCAAGUCCAUCCAAUGAUGGUCCACGAUGUGCCGCUGACAACGAAGAGCUCAGAUGGAUCAUGGCAGCAGCAGCAGCAAAAGCUUCAGUGAGUCUGAAGGCCCAAAUCGAUGUCGCAGACACACAGAGGAUAAGCCGCUCCUUGAGGCCCUCUAUGAGACUGCACUAAAAAAGGAGGCGAAGUUGGAGGAAGAAGCGUCAGAAGGAAGGAGGAAGGCCACUACACCGGGCCAUGAGGAUGUGACGCUGGAAGUAGAAAUGGACCCAACCAACUAGAGAACUCUCAACCAUGGUCCAGUCUGUGAUGGUGUUCAUCGAUGACGUGGUUGGACCAUGGGUGGACCAUGGCUGGACGAUGGCUGGACCAUGGGUGGGUGGACCAUGGGUGGACCAUGGGUGGACCAUGGUGGACCAUGGGUGGACCAUGGCUGGACCAUGGGUGGAGCAUGGAUGGACCAUGGGUGGACCGUCGAUCUACCAUGAGGGGCAUGGAUGGACCAUGGGUGGAGCAUGGCUGGACCAUGGGUGGACCAUGGGUGGACCAUGGGUGGGCCAUGAGUGGACCGUCGAUCUACCAUGAGUGGACCAUCAGUGGACCAUCAGUGGACCAUCAGUGGACCAUGGAUGGACCAGGUUCAUGGACAUACUGGAGGAAUGGACCGUUGGGGUGGAUCGUCUACGUCUGGCGGUCAGCAAAUGAAAAUGGCAGCAAGGCAGCGCCAGCAUUCUGAGGCAAAUUACCAAGUACAGACUGGGACUCUGCGGCACAACUGAGAUGA